UGGAUACGUCUCGCGUUGAUUAGUGGUAUCGCUAGCCGCGAUGUUUUGUGAAACAAGAAAUAUCGUCUCACCAACAAUGUAACACGAAGUGAGAAGUAUUAACACGCAGAACAACGGGGCAGAAGGGCGAAAACAAGUGUACGUAGACAACAAUGAUUGACAGCAACUCCCACACCCUGUCAGUAUUUUCAUCUUGGUACUUGUUGUUCGUGAGUUGUCGAUGAGAUUAACAGCAAAAAGAGAUAUUCAGCAAAAUACGGUGAUAUUAGUGACAAAAACAUUGCAAAUUGCGAUAGACGAUGGGAGUAGAACAUCCUCAUUGUUUUCUGAUCAUUGGAACAUCGAUAAACCACAAAACAAGUGUCACCACUGGAAUUACGAAUUUGAGAUUGAAGAUUUGGAGAGACAAAUUCACUGAUACAUAUCCUCAAAGAUGCGGGCAGUGAUUUAAUCUGAUUCGAUACAUCCGGCAACGAUAAUAUCCCCAACAUCGAGUGCAGAAGACGAAUGACUCCACCAGAAAGUCAACUCUCCCAAGGCACUCAAGUUAUAAUCAUCCGAAUAAAAAAGAGUUGUGAAAGGAAUUGUGUGGACGAGAAAGAUGGAGGAAAAAAAGGACGGAGAAGUGCGAAUGAGUGAGCGUCGAGCCCAGUUGACGUGUCAACUAACCGUUUAUCAUUGCAUCGACACAAGUCACGUAGCAGUGGGACCCCCUGGCCACUUAAAAAACGUUGAUCCAGGGCGUUUAGUAGGAAGUGACGUCACGGGACAUAUACUGUGUUCACAUGGGUCGAGAUUAAUUGAUAAAUCGUGCUCAUCAAAAAAUUGCACAAUUCCUAUUGAAGACACCAUCUUGAGCCGCCUUCGGACAUCUCAAAAUGGCGGACAACUCGUUCAACAGUCAGGAAUCCAAAAUAAAAGAUUUUUAUUUUUUCUGUGCGCUGGGUACAACACAUAUCCGGGAGUCUUGUUGGAGGAAACAAGGAGAGACGCAACGCUCUAACAACGUUAUGUCGAUACGUAAUCGUUCUGGCAUUUGUCAAGCAUCGUCUCGUCGACUUAUCUCGACCUCCUUCGCGCCUACCGUGGAAUCGAUUCCUUUCGCCUACACACGUCCAAGCGCAUGAGAAAACUGAAAGGUUACUAGAGCCGUUAGAUUUUUUUUCUUUCAAAUAAUUUUUUCCAUCAGAAAAUAUAAUAAAAAAAAGCGAUGAAAAUGGGAUUUCCCAGGGUUUCGCAGCGUGAAAAUGCACUUCUCACGACGCAAUACGUCUUCAAGGCAUCGUGCACGUUGAUUUUAAUGAGAUAUUCAUAUGCCGAUGCACUAGUGGUGUGAAAAAAAAACUCAAUAAGAAAUCCUUCAUUUUUUUUCAAUAAUUUUACCUCCUCAUUUUGAGUGAAAAAUUCCAAUGAACGAGAAAAAUCUCUCAAACCCGUGGGAAUAAUGUUAUCGUUGGGGGAGUCAUAUCAGUAAUGAGAAAUAAUUUUGGUGGAAAUUAUGAGGGAGGUGAUAUUUCGAGACUCGGAGGAUCAGUGAUAAGAGGGACUGUGUUAACCGCCUUGGACCACUCGUGAGUGUUGCCACUGUCGCGACGUCCCCGGGGCUAAUUGGUUUCCCAUGUUGUUCAGGUCUUUCGUGGGAUAAGACGGGUAAACUUGUCGAGAGUACCUCGUACCGGUUCAUAAUAAUUUCACACAAUUUAAAUGCUUUUUUCAUGGAAACAAUUUUUUUUAAUCUUAUAAAUCGUUCUUUAGAUCUUGUGAAAUUUGGUAAAUCUUGAAAUUUUCAUAUUUUUAUAGAUGAUAAGGUCGAAUUUUGUUCAAGCUUUCAAAGAAACUUGAAAUUCCAUUGACUUGGUUCACGAUACCCAGUUUAUUUUUU